AUGGCGGCCAGUGACUCUUUUGAAACACGCCUCUUCAUCAAUGUCCACGAAGCCAGUGAAGGUGAUGUAGACGAUGCCGUCGCAGCAGCAAAGGCCGCAUUCCCAACCUGGAGGGACCUCAGUCCCGCCGAGCGAGGAGGCUAUCUUCGCCGAUUCGCAGACCUCCUACUCGAGGCUCACGAGACCUUAGCCCAGAUCGAAGCUGUUUCCAGUGGGAAACCCGUAAGCCAAUUCUUCGAGAGCUUCGUCGCUGCUGACUUCUUCCGCUACUUUUCCGAGGCGGGCUGGAAUGCCCAAGGUACGACCAGUCUGCAUACCAGGGACCAUUUGAAUCUGUCGCUCAGGGCACCAUAUGGCGUUGUUGCUUGUAUCACCCCGUGGAAUCUGCCCAUUCUACUGUUCGCCUAUAAGGUUGCUCCCGCGCUCGCGGCAGGCAACACAGUCGUGCAUAAGAGUAGCGAAAAGUCGCCGCUGGCAGCAACAUUUCUAGCUACGUUGGUUGCGAAGGCAGGGUUCCCCUCGGGCGUGUUGAACAUGAUCUCCGGCUACGGAUCACCGGCCGGUUCCUCCCUGGCGUCUCACCUUCAAGUGCGCUGUCUCAGCUUCACGGGAUCUCCACAAACAGGGCAGAAGAUCCAGGCGGCCGCAGCGGCAUCGAACAUGAAGCAUGUGCACUUGGAAUUAGGCGGAAAAUCGCCGUCUCUGGUCUUCCACGACGCGGAUAUUCAGGCGGCCGCUGAGCAAACCGCCACCAGCCUGACCUUCUUAAGUGGACAGAGCUGCAUAGCCAACUCUCGGAUCUACAUCCAGGACUCGGUCGCGGAUGAGUUCAUCGCUCUAUUCAAGAGCGCCUUUUCCUCAGCCCGGGCGGGGAAUCCGCUUGAUGCAGCCGUCUCGCGCGGCCCUCAGAUCGACGAGCAGCAACAUGAUCGAAUCAAGUCAUAUAUUGAGAUCGGCCAGCGAGACGGCACGCUCACGCUUGGUGGAGGCUCAGGACCAGGCCUCUUCAUCGAACCCACUGUCAUUGAAGACAUAACGGAGACCUCGCCGCUAAUGCAGGAAGAGGUUUUUGGACCGGUUGUUGCUAUCAACCGCUUCCACACCGAAGCCGAGGCCAUCAAUUACGCCAACCAGUCCGAGUUUGGACUCUACGCCUCCGUCUUCACCAGGGACCUCGACCGUGCCGUGCGGGUCUCCAAGCUCCUAGAGGCGGGGACCGUGGCUGUCAACUGUACCAGUCCGACCAUGGCGAUGGAUAUGCCGUUUGGCGGAUACAAAACAAGUGGUGUUGGUAGAGAGGGAUACCUGCACAGUUUGGACAACUUUUUAGAAACCAAAUCAAUUCUUAUGCGUAUUGGGCGGGCGUAG